AUGUUGGUGCAUUGCGCAUCGGGAGAUAAUGACCUCGGAUAUCAUAAUCUCACUGUGAACCAAGAUUUUCAUUUCUCGUUUUGCCAAGCGGAUAGAACAUUGUUCUUCUGUCGUUUAACUUGGGGCGCUAAGAUCUUCUUACACAUUGCAUUCGAUGUAACAACGGCUAUUGGUGACCGAUCGUGCACAUUUUCUGGAAAAUACCAAGUUCACGUCGUCAACAAUUUGCCACCAAAUUCGGUGAUGUUGGUGCAUUGCGCAUCGGGAGAUAAUGAUCUCGGAUACCAUAAUCUCACUGUGAAUCAAGAUUUUCGCUUCUCGUUUUGCCAAGCAGAUAGAACAUUGUUCUUCUGUCGGUUGACUUGGGGCGCUAAGAGUAAAGGAUUCGAAGUUUACAAUACCCAAUGGAAAGACCAAAUUUGCACCUCUCAACAAUGCUAUUGGGCCGCCAAAAGCGAUGGAAUUUAUUUCUCCGGAACAUAUCCUCCGUAUAACUUAGUGAAAAAAUACUCGUGGUGA